UUUCAAAUUUUGGAUCCAAAAAAGAAAUAAGACCGUUCCUCGUCAUCUGAGCCUUCUUCUCCCUCUCUUUCUCUCUCUUCACGUUAUCCAACGCCUCUUUCUGUAUUCUGCUUCUCUAUCUCCCUUGCUCUCGUAGCGAAAGGACAAGAGAAAAACUUCUCUCGCUACCUCCAAGCUGCAGCCCUCGUUUUCCCAGUUUCAGAAGGAUGUGUUUGGAGCUUUCGUCUUCUGCUCCAACUUAUUAGAAUCGGAAGAUUGAGCUUCACAGCGGAAAGAGGCUUGAACCAGAGGGAGGGAAAGAUAGAGCUUCUCUCAGCUCUCACGUUUAGCUCUGUCUCACAAUGGUUGCAGGUAAGGUCAAGGCCGCAAUGGGGUUGCAGAAAUCUCCUGCAACUCCUAAACAACCUGAGACCCCCAAGUAUUGCCCCUCCCCUAGCUCCGCAAAAGCUCCUCCUAGCUCUGCAAAAGCUCUUCCCAAGGCUGUCUUCUCUCGCUCCUUCGGCGUCUACUUCCCUCGCUCUUCCGCUCAAGUCCAGCCUCGACCGCCAGACGUUUCGGAGCUCGUUCGUCUCGUCGAACAGUUGCGCGAGAAGGAAUCUCGUCUCAGGACUGAGCUUCUCGAGCAUAAGCUUUUGAAGGAGACCGCUGCAAUUGUCCCUUUUUUAGAGAGCGAAAUCUCGUCCAAGGAUGCCGAGCUUGGGAAGUCCGCGAAGAGGAUCGAGAGCUUGGAAGCUGAGAACGACAGCUUAAGGCUGGAGCUCGACAACUUACGGAAGACGGUCGAAGACAGGAAAGAAAGCGAAAGAAAGAGUUUGCAAACUGAGAAUGAGAGAUUGAGACUUGAGCUCGAGAGCUUACGAACGAAGAUCAUCGAAGAACGGAGUGAAAGCGAAAAGAAGAUGAAGGAAAUGGAACAAGAGAUUACGGAACUUAAGAGAACUCUUUCGGAGCAAAAUCGAAUGGACUCCAAGAGGUUAAUAUGCAGAGAAACAGGGGAAGACGAAUGCUCUUCCUCACAGAGGUUUCAGGGCUUAAUAGAUGUGUCCGCGAGGUCGAAUCUACUGAAGAACUUGAGGAAGGCUCCGAAAGCGACGGACAUUGCUCCGAAUCAAGAUGCUCAGAAGGUUGAAGUUACAGAUCGGAAGAAAGAAGAUGCAGAAGGCGAAAGAGUGCAGCAACCUCGCUGCAAUGCAGAAGAAACAUCCGAUGUAUCGGAAUCUACGAGUACUACUGUGAAAAGUCGAGCUCCUAGAGUUCCAAAACCACCGCCUAGACCUUCCUCGUCACUCUCAUUGUCGUUAUCGUCAAAACCGGCGUCAGCACCACCCUCGCCAUCGAGUUCUUCCUCGACUGUAGAAAGCAUCGACUCAACGGAAAAGACGAAACAACCGGCUAUUCCACCACCACCACCACCUCCUCCUCCUCCAGUUCCGCCUCCACCGCCGGCCAAAGCGGCACCACCGCCUCCACCGCCGCCUCCAUUGCCGGCGAUGGGAUUGAAAGCGGCGCCUUCAAAAGUAAGACGAGUUCCGGAGGUGGUGGAGUUCUAUCACUCUCUCAUGCGGAGGGAUUCAAGGAGGGACUCCGGGGCGGGGCUACCGGAAGUUCCGGCGGCGGCUAACGCGCGGAACAUGAUCGGCGAAAUCGAGAACCGGUCCACUCACUUGCUCGCUAUUAAAACAGAUGUGGAGACUCAAGGAGAUUUUAUUCGAUUCUUGAUAAAGGAAGUUGAGAAUGCGGCUUUUACAGACAUUGAAGAUGUAGUCCCCUUCGUCAAGUGGCUCGACGACGAACUAUCGUACUUGGUGGAUGAAAGAGCAGUCCUGAAGCACUUCGAUUGGCCGGAGCACAAGGCCGACGCAUUGCGAGAAGCUGCCUUUGGGUACUGUGAUCUUAAGAAGCUCGAAGCCGAGGCUUCCUCCUUCAGGGAUGACAGUCGCCAGCCCUGCGGCCCAGCACUCAAGAAAAUGCAAGCUCUAUUUGAAAAAUUAGAGCAUGGAGUAUAUAAUCUAUCACGUAUGAGAGAGACGGCAACAAACCGAUACAAAGGAUUUCAUAUUCCCACGGAAUGGAUGCUAGAAACUGGAUUUGUUAGUCAGAUCAAGCUUGCAUCCGUGAAGCUGGCAAUGAAAUACAUGAAGAGAGUAUCCGCGGAGUUAGAAAAUGUUGGUGGUGGUCCCGAGGAAGAGGAGCUGAUGCUCCAAGGAGUAAGGUUUGCUUUUCGAGUCCAUCAGUUCGCUGGAGGAUUCGAUGUGGAAACAAUGCGUGCAUUUCAAGAACUAAGAGAUAAAGCCAGGUCAUGCCACGUACAGUGUCAAAGCCAGCAGCAAUCGAAGCUCGUUUGCAGGUCUACAGCUUGCUAGCCUGUAUCAAACGAAAAGUCGAAAACCACUCUACUGUAUUACUAACCAGUUUUUCCUGUAAAGAUUACAAACACCUUGCAUGGUUGCUUUUAUGCAGCAUUAUAGCGAUUUAAAUUCAAAUUCAUUCAUAUUU